AUGUUGAAAGGCGUCAAGCAACUCUGGCCUGGGUCGGGAUCUGCCAAUUCCCAAACCCCUCGGGACACUUCUUCUCCUACUCUAUCCCCCUCACCCUCCUUUACCACUCUCGGCGGACCCUCGGACCAGGCGACACCUCGGGCGCAGACCACACCCAACCCGUUCGAUGCGCAGCCGUCUCCCGGCUUAUCUCGGUCUGCGGCUGGACUAUCCCUCGAUCCGUCUCGCCGCCCCCAGUCCCCCGCUCCCUCUAUCAACAGUGGUCUGCGGACACCUACGAGCCACGCGGCUUUCCUCCCUCUUCCCCUCGGAACACCAGGAGCGGGCCAGCCCACUACAGGCGUGACAGUCGGGGACCAGAUGGGACAGACCGGCGGGAUCGGAUUCGGACUGCGUGAACCACCCAAGAUGCGCAAGGCGAUGAGCCGGCUCAGCUCGGAAGGACCGGCACCGUCUGGUGAGCCCGGCUCGGCGGACAGCGUCUCCCCUCAGCAGGUUCGGGACGAGGACCAGCACCACACGCCGCCACAUCAGGGCUCUAUCCGCGGGAUGCUCACCGUCAAGCUCAUAUCCGCCAAGGGGCUCGCGGUACUCCACGGUUCCGCGUCCGAGCCCUACGUCGUCAUGCAGUUCGAGCAGAACGAGUUCAUUUCGGCCGGCCCGCAUCCCGCCUCGUCGGCUAGCGUGCCGUUCACGACUUCGACGGCGCAGCCGAUGAUCCCCAAUUUGACGCGGAGUAGUAGUGCGCUCGGCGUGGGGACGAUCAGUCGGGCAUUUGCGGAUGCCAUGUCGAGGGGGAAGGGACGGAAGGAUGAGAGCGGGCUGCAGACGCCUAAAGCGGAGGAGCCCGCGGGAGGUGGAAGCUGGUUAGGCAAGCCAGGACCGGGGGAUCCUGUGUGGAAGGAAGAGGUCGCUUUCGAUUUGACGUCGUCCAACUCGGCACUUCACCUCUCGGUGUAUGAUCGCGGGCGGGAAGGAGAAGGGUUCUUGGGGAUGCUCGAUAUCAAGCCGGUCCUGAAGGAUGGGUAUACUCUCGACGGGUGGCACAAGCUCGCGACCAGAGGAAAGGAGGUGGUCACUGGAGAAGUGUGGCUUCAGCUCACCUACAAUGCCAUCAGAAACAAAGUCCACCUUCGACCGUCAGAUUUCGAAUUCCUGAAGCUCAUCGGGCGGGGAACAUUCGGCCGGGUCUUCCAAGUACGCAAGCGCGACACGAGGCGGAUCUACGCCAUGAAGGUGCUUUCGAAGAAGGAGAUUGUCGCCAAGAAGGAGGUGGCGCAUACCAUCGGCGAGCGAAAGAUCCUGCAGCGGUCCCUCGAAUGCCCAUUCCUCGUCGGCCUCAAAUUUUCAUUCCAGACGGAAAAGGAGCUGUACUUUGUCACCGAUUACAAGUGCGGCGGGGAGCUGUUCUGGCAUUUGCAGAAGGAGGGGCGGUUCUCGGAGGACCGGGCGAGGUUCUACAUUGCCGAGUUGAUUCUGGCGCUGGAGCAUCUCCACAAGUACAACAUCGUGUACAGGGAUCUCAAGCCGGAAAACAUCCUCUUAGACGCCACGGGCCACGUUGCUCUGUGCGACUUUGGACUGUCCAAGCCUGAUCUCUCGAAUGACCAGCUCACCAAUACCUUUUGCGGAACCACCGAAUAUCUCGCCCCAGAGGUUCUGCUCGAUGAGAAGGGAUACGGCAAGCACGUCGACUUCUGGUCCCUUGGCGUUCUGCUCUUCGAGAUGUGCUGCGGAUGGAGUCCGUUCUACGCCGAGCAAACCCAAGAGAUGUACCGUUUGAUCUGCUACGGCAAAAUCCGCUUCCCAAAGCACGUGAUCGGCGAGGACGGUAAACAAUUUGUUAAAGGACUGCUCAACCGAAACCCUCUCAACCGACUCGGCGCCAAGCGCGGCGCCGCCGAACUCAAAGAACACCCCUUCUUUGCCAGUAUCGAAUGGGACCUACUGUAUCACAAGCAAAUCACCCCUCCCUUCAAACCUAUUGUCGACUCGGACGAAUCGGUCGCUAAUUUCGAUCCCGAGUUUACGAACGCGUCACUCCAGGAAGCGGGCGCGCCGAUCACGGACGAUGAUGGGUAUGAGCCGCAAGCUGCUGGCAAGCACAUGUUUGUGGGUCCUGGCGGAAGUCUGCGGGAUGCGAGCCACAUGCACCUGGCCAAGGGGGCGGGAGGCGGUGUGGCGAUUCAGCAGAAGCCGAGUGGGAAUGGGCUAAGCGGGGUGGCAGGAGGUGAAGGGAGCAUGUUGACGAGUAGUGUGCAGGAGAACUUUAGGGGUUUUACUUAUACCGGAGAGUCUCUCAUGCCUCAAUCUAUACUGGAUGCUGGCCGCGACGACGCAAUGGACGAUGGGUCGGAUCAUGAGCACGCGGUCGACGAGGCAGAUGAGGAGGAGGACGAGUAUGAUGAGGAUGAAGAGAUGGAGGGGGCAAGGACGAGGAGGCAGAGUGAUGUCGAUAUGGACUAG